AGUGAAGAAUUUCUUUAAGUUACAACAAGGGGAAUAUAUUUCACCUGAAAAGAUUGAGAAUAGAUAUUUGUCAUCCAAUCCAAUGAUUAGUCAAUUAUAUGUCCAUGGUGAUUCGUUGAAGGAAUACUUGGUUGGGAUUGUAGGUAUUGAAUAUGAAAAAGGGUUGAAGUUUUUAAAUCAACUUGGCUAUAAUAAGAUUGGUAUGUCAAGUGAAGAAAUGUUAAUUGAAAUGAAUAGUGUCAAUGUAAAGAGUAAAUUUUUAGACAUGAUAAAUAAGAAUGUUAACGGGAAAUUACAUGGAUUUGAGAUAUUACAUAAUAUUCAUAUUGAAAUUAAUCCAUUGACUGUUGAAAGAGAUGUUGUUACUCCUACUUUCAAGAUCAAGAGACCAGUAGCCUCCAGAUUCUUUGGUGCUAUUUUCCAUCGUUUAUAUGAAAUUGAACAAUCUUUGGUAUUGGCUGCAAGAUUGAAGGUUGCUAAGUUGUAA